UACCAAUAUAAUAACUACAAAAUUCCCGAUUUCUGCGGCUAAGGUUAGCCCAUACAUCUCAAAUGUCCUCAGCUCCCUCACUUCCCAUUUCCUAAAAACUCCACUGUCCACUCUGCAAAAAUUUCCCCCAAUUCCAGCAAUGUCGCUCGCCUUAUUCUCAUCGCCACCGUCGACCCACCUCCCAUCCCUUUCCCCAUCUCAUUCUACUGCUAAAUACCAAUUGUUCUACAAGCCUCUUCCCUCUAUAAGACAGAAAAGGCCGGCUCUUCUUGGGGGUUUCACCUGUUCUGCUGAGGAUGCUUCUUCUGGGGCUGCAGCUGCAAUUGUAGAGGAAGAUAAGGCUGAUUCUGUUGCCGUUGCUGAUGAGAAGAAGGAGGAAGUAAAGGAGCAAUCUUUGGGUUCUAAUGGGUCUGUGAAGGCUGCUGCUGCUGCUGGGGCGGCUCCGGCGCCGGAGGUGGAAACGGUGGCUGCUUUUCAGAAUCCCAGAUGGGUUGGUGGGACUUGGGACUUAAACCAGUUUCAGAAAGGCGGUCAAACCGAUUGGGAUGCUGUUAUUGAUGCUGAGGCAAAGAGAAGAAAAUGGCUGGAACUAAACCCAGAAUCAUCAAGCAACGAAAACCCUGUUGUUUUUGACACCUCCAUUAUUCCAUGGUGGGCAUGGAUUAAGCGGUAUCAUCUUCCCGAAGCUGAACUGCUUAAUGGUCGUGCAGCAAUGAUAGGUUUCUUUAUGGCUUACUUUGUGGACAGUUUGACAGGGGUAGGUCUUGUAGACCAAAUGAGCAACUUCUUUUGCAAAACCUUAUUAUUUGUAGCUGUAGUUGGAGUUCUUGUAAUCCGAAAGAACGAGGAUAUAGAAACAGUUAAAAAAUUACUGGAAGAGUCGACAUUCUAUGACAAGCAGUGGCAGGCAACUUGGCAGGAUGAGACCUCCAGCAGUGCUGGUAAAGACUCCUAGUGAAAUGAAGACCUUACGAUAGUAUAUUAGGCCUACUUUACUCCGGCAUUUUCUGUUUUCUAUCUGAUCUGGAGAGUGAUGAAAAUUGUAAUCUCCGUUUUGUUUUAGGUAUAUAUUGUAGUAUCUUAUCUGUUUUUUUUCCGCCAACUUAAGAAUUUGGAACCCAGAAAUGACAAUCUUAAUUAUUACAUGCUAAUGUUUUUCACUUUUCAGCAUUUAGAUUUGACGAUCUUGUAGUGAUUGGUUCCAGUACUAAUGCAGUAUCUGGUAAGUAGGACAAAGAUGAUAGUAUGAAAAUCCGUACUAAGUACCAAGAUUUGUAUUGUGUAUUGACGUUAGAAUGUGGAAAUAUAUCCCAAGGGGGCAUAUAUGUGGAAACUGUAAAUUCCUUGAUUAAAUCAAACUAUUACAUGGAAGCUGUAAACUGAAAAG